AUGUACAUGCGGGAGAUACAAGCAUACACGAGAGGACAGAGCAUUGGAGGGCUCAUCAAGAGUGCGUUAGCUACUUCUACGCCGUUAGGGCAAUACGUGUCCAAUGGAGUGAAUGGCACCCAGCAGGCAACGGAAGACAUACCACUAACAACUGAUGGAGUAAGCCCUCCCCCAUCUGAGACAGGAGAGAACUCGUACCAUGGACUCCUAGUGGAACCCUUCCUACCAGAAGCUGCUGAAAUUCUGAUGGCUCCAAUUGACCCUCUUGACAUUGAAAUGAAACCAGGUGCGGGCCGUUUCUCAAGAAGUUACGACUUCAGCGAGCGAAUGGUUCAUGUCGUUCUGUAG